ACUGGCACUGGCAGCUGUCAAAUCAACCAUUCAAAUAACGUGAUUGUUGUACAAUUUUCCAAUGAUUUAGUUUAGAUCUUAUUAAAUUAUAAUCUUGAAAAAUUAAUAAACAUGCUUCGGCUUUGCGUUCGCAAUGUUUGGGCUCAAAACAAAACAGUGUUACAACCAGUUCUGUUCAAAGAUAUCGGCGCUAACCUAAAAUGUCUUGGAGUCUCUCAAAAGCAAUAUUUUGGUACCAAAAAGAAAAACAAAGAGAUUGAAUCGCUGGAGAAAAUAUAUUACGGGCCUUUGACUCCCCAAAUUAAAACAGUGAAAGUAUUUUCUUUGACCUCGAGUGUCGCUGGGCUCCUUGCACAGCCCAUUAUUAUAAGGGAAGCUGCAGCUCUUGAGAGCACAUCUUUGCUUGUAGCCCUGUGUUCAGUAGUUGGAUUUUUCACUUUCGUGACGCCUUUGCUACUACAUUUAGUGACCAAAAAGUAUGUGACCGAAAUACAUUAUGAUCCAAAAACAUCUACCUAUAAAGCCACAACAAUAAACUUCUUUCUUGCAGAAAAACGGACCGACUUUAAAGUGGACGAUGUAGUAGUACCAGAAAUUCCCGGGAUGUUCACAACAAUGACAGCUAAAGGCAAGCCUCUGUUUAUUGAAGCUAGACACUUCACUGACCCUCGUCAUUAUGCCAAGAUCAUGGGAUACGACAAACCAAUGGACUUCAAACUCGGUGAUGACCCACAGGACACAACGCAGUAACUAGUUUAAUUAAGGCCCUAUAUUUAUUGUAUUAUAAUUGUUAUUCAGUCAAAAAUAAAAACUAUUUUAUAAAAUUUCA